CACACAUUCAAAAUGCCCAAGGCCGCAGCAGGAAAGCGUGGUGCCAAGGACGGUGGCAAGAAGCGCACUAAGAAGGACCCCAACGCUCCCAAGCGCGGUCUCUCUGCCUACAUGUUCUUCGCCAACGAGCAGCGAGAGAACGUUCGUGAGGAGAACCCGGGCAUCUCAUUCGGCCAGGUCGGCAAGCUUCUCGGUGAGCGGUGGAAGGCCCUCAACGACAAGCAGCGUGCCCCCUAUGAGGCCAAGGCUGCCGCCGACAAGAAGCGCUACGAGGAUGAGAAGCAGGCUUACAACGCCGACCAGGAGGAGGACUCAUCGUAAGCUAGGUUCAGCCGUGGUGGAAAAUCCAGGAUCAUGAUUAUGGUGGUUCUUUCAGCAAUGAUUCAUUAGGCCUUGGGCUGAGGAUGACGGCCGCCGGCCGCUCGCCUCGGGGCCCAGGCUUGGUGAUGUCGAUUUCUUAGUCUUUUGGGCAGGACGGUGUUGUACGAAUGCACGGAAUGGGUUGCGUACUAUUUGCUUUCAGGUGCCGGAAAUUCAACGGAACAGGGUCUCGCAUACUUGUAAUUGUGGACGGGGUAGUGGCCGGCAGAGCUACAAUGCGAUAUCAUACAACUGCGUGAGCUUUCAUUCAUCGUAAUAACAAUGAAGCCACGAUGCCAUGAAUUGAGAAUAUCAAUACAAC